UCUUGGAGGUAGCAAAGGUUAGGGCCACGGUGUCGCAAAAGAGGAGACAGGCAGGACUUUGGGCCUCAGGGCAAAAGGGAGGCCUCCACUUUCCAUGCCCCUCCUGUUGACCUGUUAUUUGUUCCCAGAGGCCUGCAUGGAUCCUGAAGGUGUAGUGGAACGACUGACCCACACCUGUGGAUGACAUGGACUCCUGUGAGUGGCUCUACUGUAAGAUACCCUCAGUCACCGCAUUACGUCACCAGCUGUGCUUCGCCAUGGAUGCAGGGACCACUGUGUACAAUCUAUCUGCUUUUGAUUACCCAUCUGGAGCUAAAGCAAGGGAAGGGACAGCAGAGACCUGGAAUGUCGGUGUUCUCAUGUGUGAAUGUCCUGUCGGGGCAUCACAGGAUGGAGAGGGGCCCUCGGCUGUAGGAAGCCAGGCCCAGUUUGAGGAAGGCGGCCAGAAACAGCAAGUGGUGGGGCAAUGGAAGCCGCUAGUGCCUUCCAAAGGUGGAAAGGAGCUGCUGGAGUCGAAGCCUUGCUGCCUGGAUGCUGGAGGAGGGGAUGAGACCCAGUCCACUGCUCAGCUCAAUGUCUCCCGUCUACGCAGCUCCUCGGUGGAGAUCCGGGAAAAGGGGUCUGAGUUCCUAAAGGAGGAGCUCCACAAAGCACAGAAGGAGCUGAAGCUGAAGGAUGAGGAGUGUGAGAGGCUGUCAAAGGUCCGGGAGCAGCUGGAGCAGGAGCUGGAGGAGCUGACAGCCAGUCUGUUUGAGGAAGCACACAAGAUGGUGAGAGAAGCAAACACUAAGCAGGCGGCAUCGGAGAAACAGCUGAGGGAGGCACGAGGAAAGAUUGACAUGCUGCAGGCAGAGGUGACAGCAUUGAAGACGCUGGUGAUCACGUCUACACCUUCCUCUCCAAAUCGGGAGCUGCACCCCCAGCUCCAAAGCCCCACCAAAGCUGUCUUUCGGAAGGGCCAUGGGCGGAACAAGAGCACCAGCAGUGCCGUAGGCACAGCCAGUGGCCAGAGCCUGCCCUUGGAGCCAGUCAACCAUGAGUACAAAGAGGUCGACGCCAUCCUGUUUGCUGAGUUCCAGGCCUGGAAGGAGGCUCCAACUCUGGAUAAAGCCUGCUCCUUCCUGGAGAGGAUUUACCGAGAAGACGUGGAGCCCUGUCUAGACUUCACCAGGCAUGAGCUGUCUGAGUUGGUGCGGGCAGCCGUAGAGCAGAACAUGCUGACCAUAGAGCCUGUGGCUUCACAGGUCCUGCCUGUGGUGAAGGUCUCGGCGAUAGAAUGUGGUGGACCAAAUGGGUUCCGGUCACAAAUUGUAACGAAAUGUGCUCUGAGUGGCCUGUCCCGAACCUGCAAACACCGCAUCAAGCUGGGUGAUUCUGGGAAUUACUACUGCAUCUCUCCAUCCUGCAGGGCCAGGAUCACAGCGGUGUGUAAUUUCUUCACUUAUAUUCGCUAUAUCCAACAGGGCUUGGUGAGACAGGACGUGGAGCUGAUGUACUGGGAAAUCAUGCGGCUGAGGCGGGAGAUGUCCAUGGCCAAGCUGGGCUUCUACCCCAACGAGAUGUAGGCCAGGACGCAGGGGCCGGAGGGAGUUGCCCUUGCAUGAAGGGCAUGUGCUCUACUCCACAGACCCACUGACACAGUACAUCUACACCAGCAUGGCUCCCUUCCUUUUCUCUCCUGCUGGGAGCGAACCACUGAGUGAGAAGCACAAGUUACCCCUCCAAAGGCUUCGCUGCUGUUCAGCCAGUGACUGAAAUGUGGACACCCCCGGAGCCGGGCAGGUCCUUGGUUCUCUGGGGUGAGGCCACCUCUGGCUUCUGCCCAUCAUGAACUCUAUUCCUCCCUCCCUCUAUGCAGCCUGUAGCUAGUUUUUAAAAUUUUAUACACAGUCUGCUUCUGUGGGUUCCCCGGCUCUUGCCCCCCCCUCCAUGACAGGUCCUGGGACUCCCGUAUUUUGCCAGUGGGUCCCUCCAGCACAGAACAAGAGCUAGAGAGGAUCUUGCCCCCAUCCAUCCUUCUGCCUGAGAGAUGCGUCUGCUACAGCCCAGCUGUGUGCCCAGCCCUGGCUGAUGCCCCCUGCAAACACCAGCACCACACAAUAACCUCAGUGAGAUCCAUGAAAAGCAUGUUUUCCUAGUGCUUCCCUGCUCCUCAGUAAGGAGCCUGCAAGGGCUGCUUUUCAUUGGCUGAGUCACAAAGAGGGUUUUGUUUCUGUUUUUAGCUCAGGAUUUGGCAUUUGGUGUUGUAAUCCAUCAUUGAGCAGGCGUGGGGGUGGGAAGUGUUGAGUCACAGCCGAGACCCAAGCUCAGUGCCUGGAGGCUCAGUCAUAAUGCAGAAGGGGAAAUUGCAUAACAGAGAGCUGACCACAGCUAUGCAGAGGUCAACUGAAUUGGGCUGCAUGCAUCGCCUUGGCAUUUCUUGCUGGGACAGCUGUGCUUUGUGGUGGUCCCUGCAGGUAGGAGCAAACCCUGCUGGGCCCCUCUGUUGCCCUGCUCUGGGCCACUUCUGCCCCAUAAACCACCCCCAGCUGUGGGCAGGUGCCUUCCACCCAUUCAUGUUCUAGGCAGUGGCUGCAGACAUAUACCUUCCUGCUCUUCCAUAAUAAACCCCAGGUGCCCUCUCUCCACAGACCCCAAUUCAGGCAGUUCCCUGCUCAGUGGCCAGCUGGAACUGCCAGACUACAUUAUGCAGCACAAGACCAGAAGGAAGUACUGGGUCACCUCAUUUGGCCUUGAGUAUAACCCAGGCCAUAGAUGUUACUUACCUCUGUAGUAGAUCCAAUCCUCUCCCAUGCUCCCUCAGUUAGCUCUCAGCUAGUUACGCUACUGCAUGUGCCUAUACGAGACAUCCUACCCACAGACCCCACCGAAUAUAUGUAAUGUCACUGGGAGGAGGAUCCAAAGCGCUUCGAAAUCCCCAUAGCUCUGGAUUAGGCCUUGCCUUGCCUUCAACUGAGACUACAGAACCUCAUAAAGCUACAAUCCUUGCCAUAGGGCCCACUGUAAUCGAGCUAGUAACUUCACCUGCUGUUUGGUCAUCUCAGCUGCUGUCUCACAGUGCUACAUCAUCUCUUGCAGCAGUGCUGGGCCCUAUCUUUCUGGAAUGCAACUUUAAUGGUACUGACAGAGCGGUGACUUGGCCCAGUGCUGCCUGGACCUGGAUCAUCUCAGCAGACUCUGUUGUGUCAUCUCCUCUCCUAGGAGGAGCUUCUACAAAAAUUACCAUUGGAAAAAAUCUAAAGGAAAUGCAUCUGAGUGAACCACCUUGGGUUUGCCCUUGGAGGGGGAGAGGGAAUGGAGUCAUAAUGGUGGACCCUAGUGGCUGCAGAAUUUUUGUGCGCCUUGGAGCAUGCCUCAUUGCAUGAGAACCCCUGAGGUUUACAGGGUGAAAUUCUCCUACACGGUGCAGAUGCUGGCUGCACCUGCUGCUUUGCUGCCCAGUGGGGUUCUCUUCCUUACAGCAGUGGUUGCACAUAGUACCGCUUGCAUGCAGAGGGCAAAUUAAUAUCUGAAAUGUGAGCCCUCUCCGGGGGUGCAGCUGGGGAAACAUGUUACUGGAAAUGCUCCCUAUAGGAAUUGCUUUCUGCUUAGAACAGGGCUGGCUUGAAAUGCAAGCAGCACUGGCACCUGGUUGUUACCCUAGGAUUUUGCUUCCCCAGCCCAAUGCAGCAGGAGUGCAAGCCCUCAUUCCUUUUCCUGCUUUCCAGCAACUGGGUGCCCUAUAAUUCUAUGGCUGAUCCUGGCUGAAAAAAUGAGUGGCUGUUUCCUCCAAAUAUGUUUACACUGUGGAGUACAGACUCAGAGGCUGUGUGGCUGGGGAAAUUUAGGCUGGAGGCCAGAUUUUGAGCUGGUGUGAGUCAGCAUCUCUCUGACUCCAGCAGAGCUGUGUAGGUUGAUGUCAGCUGAGGAUGUGGCCUUGGAUUUUUCCAAAGGGAAAGCUGGGAGCACCUUCCCCAGUUGCAGAUUUUCACCUCAGGUAAAUCCUUUCCCUUACAGCUCCUGUUGGGUCCAUUUUUCUCCUUCACCUCCUGCCCUAGAUUGCUAUAUAAUAUUGCUGUGCACUAUUAUCAGUUGCCACGUUCCACCCUGGAGGUGGCUGCAUUUCAGCGGUGGGUGAGAUGAUCCCUCUGUGCGGUUUUUCUUAUCAUUUUGUAAAGCACUUUGGGAUGAAAGGAGUUAGAUGAAUGCAAAGUGGUGUUGUUCUAUACACUCUUGUUUUAAAUGUAAUACAGUUUGUUAGUUAUUCUGAAGUCACUCCAUUUAAACAGCAGCAUGGCUGCACCCUGCUCUUUCUAAAAGGAAAAUAAACAUUUGCUAUUAGUCUCCCCCAAAGCAAUAAUCACAAUUUCAGACUUGGAUUGGCCACAUCGUCUGGGGAAAGGGGAGAAGUUUAUUGGCUAAAAAGUGGUUGGUGGAUGUUUGUUGGAUUCAGUGUGGUCUGUGAUCAGACAGUAUGAUGGGGAGGUCCUAGUGGAUUGGCUCCCUGUACGCACAUCCUGGUUUUCAUACUCUUUCUUUAAAGCUUCUGCUGCUUGCCACUGCUGGCUGCAUGGAGCUUUGGUCUCCCCUCACCUCCCCACCCCCUAUUUUAAGGAAGAAUAGGUCUGGCACUUCUGCUGAAUAUAUCCUUAGCUCACUGUUCAGUUUGGAUACUUGGAAUGCUUGAAACAGGAGGUGCCAUUGCAGCACUUGAGAAGUAAGCAAAGCAUAGAAGAAACCAAUAUUGCAUUGGUAAAAGGAGACCCCACCAUAAUGCUGCAGGAAAUGAACAGUAAUAGUUGAGUAGCUGUCUUAGGAGAAUGUGCAGCUUUGUUUCCUUUUAGUGGCUGAAAUGCAUAGGAUAGUUUUGAGUCAGCUGCAUCCUCUCAUCAACAGUAUCAGCCGUUUAGCUUACGGGGUGCCUAGUCAGGCUUUAGUGGUGAAGGAUGCUGUUGGCUGCAAGGGAGUUGGUUGCUUGUAGUACUUCGAGUGGAAAAUGCUCUGUUCCAGUGACUCCCAUCCUGAGUAUUGUUUGUGCUAUGUGCCCCUUCUGGAGUUUCGAAGGAGCAUGGCAAGUAAAAUGUGAGCAGGAUGCUGGGGGAGGUCAAUGUAGGAAGAAACAUGUUACCCCAAAGGUUGUGUUGUGCUGCAGGGUGGGUGGGGAUGCAGUCCUCCCAUAGGAAACAGGCCACCUUGGAGGAGUUUAGACUAUGGCCUGGAGGCUCUAUGUCUGACUUGCCAGUCUUGGUGCCCUGUAUCCGGGGUUUCUAAGGAACAGUUUUAUAUAAUCAGCUGUGGAGCCUGCUUAAUGCUUCUGACAGCCAAACACCUCUUGCCUUUGGCAGGAGCAGGAGAGGUCCUGUGGUCUGGGCUAUAACAGCCAGUGCCCCUUCAUCUGUACAUGACCCUUCCUGCUGGGGAACUUCAGCACCAUGGGACUGGAGUGUGAAGAAGCCAAGCCUCUGCUGCUGGUUAAGGCAGUGAGAUGCUCAUAGCUUGGUUUUGGGGAUGGAGGCAGGAGACUGGGAACCGGAGUCAGAUGUAUUAAUGGGGGUGCCAUAGUCGGUGGCAUAAUGGGGUGGGGGCGAUAGGGAUAACCACUCCAGGUACUGACUUGUGUUUGUGUGUGCGGAGAGGAGAGGGGAGGGGAAAAUGAAAAAAGGUGGCCGCUGCUAGCAGCAACACAUUUGUAUUCACAGUCACAGUGGCAAGUAGAAGUGGCUGCUUCUGUUUUGGUCCAGGCACCUGGCUGAUGCUGCUGGCUAUAGUCCCCCUGUGCUUGUCCAUGUCGCUGCCGUGCACUGCAGCGAGGGGGUCAG